AUGGCUGCGUGGCUGAGGAGCGUCCUCGACUGGCUUAAGAGCCUUUUUUUUACGCGUGAAAUGGAGCUAGCCCUAAUCGGCCUGCAAAACGCCGGCAAGACGUCGCUCGUCACGGUGCUGACCUCGGGGCAGUUCCAGGAGGACAUGAUCCCGACAGUGGGAUUCAACAUGCGCAAGGUCACCAAGGGCGGCGUGACGCUGAAGUGCUGGGAUCUGGGAGGCCAGACGCGGUUCCGGUCGAUGUGGGAGCGGUACUGCCGCGGCGUGCAAGCCAUCGUGUAUGUGGUGGACUCGGCUGACCUGGACAGCCUGGAUGCGGCAAAAGAGGAGCUGCACGCGCUGCUUGUCAAGCCCUCGCUGGCCGGCAUCCCGCUGCUGGUGCUGGGCAACAAGAACGACCUGCCAGAGGCGCUGUCGGUCAACGAGCUGAUCAGCCGGCUGGAGCUCAAGAUGAUACAGGACAGGGAAACGUCGGUGUACAGCAUGAGCUGCCGGACGCAAGCCAACCUGGAUGUGGUCCUCCGCUGGCUGCAAGCGCAUGCCAAGUGA